GGUCCGUCGGCGUGACUGUGUCAGACGUGACGCGACCGUGCGCGCCGGCCGUGACGGUGCGAGCGCGGCGAGAGCGACGCCACGGAGUGACGAGCGUGACACGCAGCCGCAGGGCAUGACCCCGUUCAAGGACAAGGCGCCCGGAGAGCUGGUGACCAACUUUGGCUUCAGCGGCGAGUCGGCCAUCUCCGGCAUGGACCCGAACAUCCAGCAGUACGGCGAGGUGAACCAGCUGGGCGGCAUGUUCGUCAACGGCCGGCCGCUGCCGAAUCACAUCCGCCUGCGGAUCAUCGAGCUGGCCCAGCUCGGCAUCCGUCCGUGCGACAUCUCCCGCCAGCUACGCGUCAGCCACGGCUGCGUCUCAAAGAUCCUGGCGCGCUACAACGAGACGGGCAGCAUCCUGCCAGGAGCCAUCGGUGGCAGCAAGCCGCGCGUCACCACCCCCAAGGUGACGGCCUACAUCAAAGAGCUGAAGCAGAAGGACCCGGGGAUGUUUGCGUGGGAGAUUCGCGAUCACCUCCUUCAAGACGGCAUCUGUGACAAGUUCAACCUGCCCUCCGUCUCAUCCAUCUCUCGUAUCCUCCGGAACAAGAUCGGCACACUGCAGCACCUGCAGGGCGCUACGCACUACGACCUGAAGCCGCACCAGUCACCUGUAUAUCCCUCCGUCGCGGCCAUGUACCCGCACUACCCGUACCAGGCGCACGCUGCCGCAGCCGCCGCCGCCGCUGCACCAGCACCGGUCUCUCCGAUGCCGCCCAAGAGCGGCUCUGGGUCGCCAGGCAUGCCGUCGCGCACGCCCUGGCCCAGCGCUCACUCGGUGUCCGACCUGCUGGGUCACUGGGGUCAGAUGCGCGGCCACGGUGGACCGCCGGCCACAUCGCACGACGCGCAGAACUACAACUACUUCAUGUACCUUCAGUCGUGCAACGCGCCGACGGCCGCGUCGGGAGCGUUCAGCGGCGCGCUCGGCGGCGGCUCGGCGUUCGGUGGAGGUCUGAUGAUGGGAGGACCGGGCCAGCACACCCAGCAGACCUCCUCACUAUAGCGGGCCGACCUCCGAGGGGCGCCGGCCGCUCCCGUCGGCCGACCGCGCCGCGGCGCCGCCGCAGCGCGCGAUCGGCGCCUUAGUGCAGUGAUUGAUGUGUAAAUACCGGCAGAACAUGGCGGGGCGGCGCGAGCCUGGCUGCACACAGCCCUGCCACUCACCGGGCGCGGCGCGGCUGUGGGCCCAGCUGGGUUGAUACCCGUCUGCAGAGCCCACGAACUCCUCUCGGGCAGAUCCCGGUGGCUCGUCUCCACCGUGUCUGACCGUGACAGCGCGGCUGAUCGGCUCGGCACGGCCGCGCAGAUCGGGAAUACCGGCUAACCGAGCGUGGAAUGGGCUGCCGCUCGCGCCGAUAGUGCCGCUCGCCGCUCGGCCCGCUAUCUGACAGAUAGCGACGCUGAGAGGCCCCGCGUGCCGACGAGACCGGGACGAGUCUCCCCCGAUGGACGAUGUCAUUGAGAGGAGUGUAUGUCGAGACCGACGGCUGAGUCGCAGUGCUCACCCGACCCCUGUAAGUUAUUUGGGUUUAUUGCCGAACACUGCAUUGUGAUGUACAGCGAGUGAAAUAGUAGAUAGCAAAGUGAUAUAAAUAUCACAUCUUGCCACUUAGAGAAAGAUGAUGCAUCCACAAUUACAUUCGUGGAGAUAACUUACCAAAAGCAGUGUCUGCUCAAGAAAAUACUUGUUAACGAAAAAUAUAUUAAAUUUGUAGUGUUCAGCGUUUAAUUGCAUGUGCUUAGUAAUUGUGCAGCCUAUUAUGACUUCCGAGAUGCUGUGUUUAAAAAUCAGAUGGCCAAGAGUCGGCAAACGAGACAGUGCCCACCAUUGCCGCUCAGAGGGAAUAGGAGAGGUGUGAGAGGGGAUAUCGAUAAAGAUAUGCUGUUACUGUUCGAAGACUGUAGGUAUUUUGCGUCGGCGGAUAGCCCUAGGCAAGACGAAUCUCAAGUGCCGCUUGUACAAAGAUCGGCAUGUAUACGCGGCCGUUGUUUUGCUGUGAAUAGUGGUGCGCUGCAUGUGUGCGUUGGAGGUCUGUUGGGACUGGUUCUGUGUGGUGUGUCGCUUCACCAGGCCGGUGUGUGGCCUAGGUGAUCGGGUGAUAGGUGAUGAACCAGUGUGCUGGUGUGUCACCUGCUUUUGCUGCUGUCAAUGCUGCUGCUGCUGCUGCUGUUGAAUACAUUGCAUAGAUAUGUAGGCGAA